AUGGAUUAUUUUCGGGUUACUGACGUAUGGUACGAGAGGAUCGGAGGCAAGGUGGGAGCCAAAGUUCGCUUUGAGAAGCUGAACCUCUCUACAAAGAGCUGGUGGGCAGGCAAAGCCUCUGCCGCUCCUGUUCCAUAUCACCAGCGCCCUGAGAUUCAGGCUGAGAUCAACGAUUGCGCCGCUUGCCAUACAGCCAGCCCACGUAUAUACAAUGAAGGCUGGAUGUGCCUGCAACCCACCUGCGACAGCUUCUGGACAAUCAUUGCCUUCGAAUCCCCUUUGGACUUUACGUUCCAUCGCAACUUCAUUCAAGCUCGAACUGCUCCUGCUCCUGAAGCUGUGCCACAUCACGACCUGGUACCCAACCUGCUACAAACGUUAGAAGAAGAUGGGGAAGGCGUCAGCUAUUCUCGAAUUGCGUGGAAGGGCAUUGUCUGCCCACUUUGCCAAAAGUGCAUAUCCAGAAGAUAUUGGCACGGUUGGAAAUGCACAGAUGAGCUCAGUCCAAUCAUGCGGAAAGGCGAGACAAGCUGCACAUUCAAGAAAAUGCUGACCGUGCAGCCGGUUUCUCUACGAUCUGUUAUUGAUGACUUUGGCCUUGGGCCGAAUAAACGCGCUUGUCAUUUUGACCCCAGAUUCGCCGUACCAGAGAUUGAUGAUGAGACACUGUUUCCGUACAGAAAACUGACAUACCGAAUUCCAGGCGUAGGCAGCAUUACUCACUUUGUCGCCAACCGAACAAUCAAUAGUCGUCCUAACGGGCCCAACGAUCUAUUUCGACAGCUGCAGGUUGCUGACUUCGGGCUGCGGCGUUAUCCAUUACAACAGAGUGUUGGUAAGAGAGCAAACCUUCUCUCUAAGACUAUCCUUGUUCUUCUGACCCACAAAUCUUCAGUUGCUGGAACCCUCACCGCACACUUUGCUGUGAAUUAUGGGAUGCCAUACAAAUAUAUCGUUUCAGUGGACUCCAGGCCGUUCACUGAUGCUCCAGACGAGAUCCAGCAGGCCUUAGGUCGUUUGACCUGGGCGACUGAGCGAGCUGUAGCAGGCAGUGGCGACACCUUCCUUCCGCCAAAUGAGCUACUCAUGCUCGGGUAUUUUGAAGACAUGAAGAUCGGGUAUCAUGACGAUGGGGAGUCGUCGCUCGGACCAACUAUUGCCACGCUUUCCCUGGGCGCCAAGUCGGUCAUGUCAAUUCGAAUGAAGUACAAGUACUACAACGGCUUGUCGAAAGCCAAGACACUGUUGAAAGAUGACCCCGUAUUGGCGGGUUGUAAAAUGGAAGCCGAAAGACGGAGCCUGAAGAGUCAACUGGCCAACGGUGAGAUUGACCAAAUAACAUACAACAAUCUACGGCGCAAGGCCUUGCAGAAGGGCAAAUGCGGGGAGGCUCCCGUAGAAAUCAAGAUGGAGCUGAACCAUGGAGACUUGGUAGUCAUGCACGGCGAGAACCUUCAGACAUACUACGAGGUAGAGGCAUUCCAAAAGCCCCGCAUUAUCAAGGAAAUGAUGCUGACGCUUCGAUAG